GUCGGGAUUGGAGUCAUUGGCUCAAUACCGUGAGAAAUAACCCAUCCCGUGGCAUCUCAGCUCUGGUCCUUGGCCUCGCUGGAGAUCUGAUGCUCAGCAUUGAUGACUAUACUGACCAUACUCUUGCGUUCAUUCUGUCUCAUGGUGGAUUACGUCUGCGCAGUUGUCUUAAGAACAUCGGCUUUCAUGGAGCCCAUGAUGAUACAUGACCACUACGUACCUUGGCUUGCAUUACACACAUUGCCAUCUGAAAGCAGCGGAUGCUGGCGCUUCAAGUGCUACCUAGAUCACACGCUCUCGUAUCAAUCUUACGACGAAGAUAUAGGUAAGAGUGAUUUCAAACAUCAUUAUUUAAUGGCCACAUCUAUAAUUCCGAGUGGUCCUCAAUGCGUCGCAGCAACCCCCAAUACAACCUGUAUGGGCCAGAAGCUCAAUGCUCCUCACGAGAGGUCUCAAUGCUGAGCCACAUAUCCAGUCUAUAAGUUGAACCCCGUAAAGCCUUAGACCAUUACUAUGGUAAAAUGCAUGUGUACCCCGCCACCCUUGUCCAUGCCCAUCCAAGUUAA